AACGCGAGAGUUUGAAAGUUGCCUGAAGGCUGUAGUUGCAACUGUCAAAGGUAAUGGAAACGCGCAUAAACCAACACACUACUUACUAUAUUACUGUACACGGCCGAGAAGAUAAUACCCGUAUUAAAACACAGAGGUCAGGACCUGCCUGCAGACGGCAACGAACGCGACCGAGGUCGAAUCUUUUCGUUCCUUUUUUCCGCCGGUUCGUUUUCUUUUACUCGAACUAACUCUCGUGCAGCUUUUGAAAAUUACUGCACUAAACAUAUUUUUGUGCCUCCCUUUAGCUCCAGCCAGCGCAAUGAUUUGUUAUACUCCUCCUUCGUAUUAAAGUCGCCAUUUUGCUUCACUGCCCAGAUUAAACCUUGUAUUUAAAAUAUUAUCUUCAAGGAGUCGGAGCCGUCUCGAUCUUUCCUGCCUGCUGGUUUCAUACGCGUUGAGAUUCCAACGAGACGAUUGAGGUUGAAUACGUGCCUCGUGGUUGACAUAUUCAUGCAUGAGAGGGGGGCAAGUGAAGGCUGGAAAACGGGUGAAAGUCUUUAGGAUUUCAAUAGGAAUUUCCCUUUUCCUCCUCCCGUUCUCUCGUCUUCAUCGCCCCGUCCUCCUCUUUCCUCGGAUUCACAGAGGAGGCUCAGGACCGACCGUGACGACUGGCAGUCCGCCUGCACCGACGCUCAACACGGCAGGUGUGAUUGCCAUGUAAGACCGGGAAAGGCGCAGCCCUACGGCCUGACCCGUACGUGGGUGACCCGGGCCACCCAGCUGCUGGAGCUGGGUGACUCCGACAAUUCCAGCAUGGAGAUGCCCAGUAUCCCGUGGCUGGCUAAGCUGUCAUCAAGGGGUCGUCCUCCAAAACAGGCCCACCCCCAGGAGACUGCCAGGACCACAGCUGCAGCCCCUGAGAACAACAAACACAGUUCACCCUGUAGUGAAAGAGGGGAGGGAACGAAGAAGGGGUGUCUUGAAGAGCUCAGGAGUAUCCCUGCUAACACGAUGGUCCAGUGGAAGGAGGAGUUUAAGAAGAGGUCCAGGGUAACGUGUCCUGGCUCAGGCUGCUGGUUAGAGUUCCCCAGCAUCUAUGGUCUCAAAUACCACUACCAACGCUGCCAGGGGGUGACCCUAACAGAGAGGUUGAGUCAUGGCUGUCCGGACUGUAAGGCGGUGUUUGCCACUAAGUUCAGCCUCCAAAAGCACAAGCUGUGGAACCACCCUGCUGACAUUGAGACCAAGGUUGAGCCCAAACUACAUAAGACCCCCGUGAAGGGGACCGCCAAGAAAAGGCCUAUGGAGAACACUCCACUGUUGCCUGUGUUCUUCAAAGUCAAAAAGACCCAGGAGGUGUCUAGUCCCACCCAGAACGGGGAGUGUGCCCCCCAGAGGGGAGAGAGGAAACAGCACCCACAACCCCAUUCCCCUCAGCAGCAGGCCUCCUCAUCUGACACCUCCCCCAACACCCCGGGGGGCAGCGAGAGCGAAGAUGAGGGGAGCAGUCUACUCUCACCAUACCCCAAUAAAGACCAUGAGAGGACAAGGCACAGACGGAAGCAGAAAACUCCUAAGAAGUUCACUGGAGAGCAACCCUCUAUCUCGGGGACGUUCGGACUGAAAGGUAUGAACAAGGUAGAGGAGAAGUUGAAGGCUGGUCGAGGGAAGAGAUUAGAGGGGGGUCUGUUCAGCGAGGAGCCCCAGAGGAAGCACCCUGGUCCAGCCUCCAGGAGAGACCUACCACCCCUCACCUCUGCAGAGGCCCAGUGGCAGCAUGCCAUCUCAGAGGGGGGGGAAGUGGUGUGUCCUACCUGCUCCAUUGUCACCAGAAAGACCAUCUCGGGCCUCAAGAAGCACAUGGAGAUCUGCCGAAAGCUCCAGGAUGCCCUGAAGUGCCAGCAAUGCCAGAAACAGUUCAGGUCCAAGGCAGGACUCAACUACCAUACAAUGGCUGAGCACAGCAGCGAGGCUUUGGGGAGCGAGGACCAGAUGGGGGACGUGCAGUUGGAGAGAGAGAGGCUGCGUAGAGUGCUCAAACAGACGGGACGAAUCAAGUGUCCUAAGGAGGUAUGUCUCCUCCAACUGGACGUCAGUUCAAUUUUUUUCAGCCUGAUGGGAUACCAUUACCAUCAGAAGCGCUGUGACAGAGAGCUAUCAGAGGAGGACAAGCCUGUGUUUCUGUGUCAGCACUGUGGGAAGACCUACCGCUCUAAGACUGGCAGAGACUACCACCUCUGCACUGAACACCCCACCACUAACAACAAUACCACCGGCAGAGGGGUAAGAGAGAAUGAGAACAGAGGAGGGACAGCCUGCAGGAAGGAGGGAACAAAACCACAUGGAGAGAGAGAAGGAUGGGAGAGAGAGGGGAGAGAGAGGAAGGACAACGAAAAGCGUCAAGAGUUGUCUGCGGGUAGGGAGAAGGAUGGGAGAGAGCGGGAGAGAGAGAGGCUGGGGGAGGACUUUGAGAGGACUCCCAGUGGUAGGGUGAGACGUCGGUCUGCCCAGGUAGCAGUGUUCCACCUGCAGGAGAUAGCAGAGGAUGAACUGGACAAGGACUGGGGCACCAAGCGAGACGACCUGGUACCGGACAGCAAGAGGUUGAACUACACUCGUCCUGGUCUUCCCAUGUUCAGUCCCAAGAUGCUGGAGAGCUGGAAGAACGAGGUCAAAGAGAAGGGCUUCAUCUGCUGCUCCAACGGAAGCUGUGAAGCUGUUUACUCCAGUGUGUCCGGACUCAAAGCUCAUCUAGCCAACUGUAACCAGGCAGAGGGCGAUGCAGGGAAGUACACCUGCUUACUGUGCCAGAAGGAAUUCAGCUCAGAGAGUGGUGUCAAAUACCACAUCAGCAAGACCCACUCUCAGAACUGGUUCCGAGCCUUCAGCCACAUGUUGCCCAGCAGCAGCAGCAAACCGCCAGACUACCAAGGGAAAACGGAGGUCAAGAACGGAGCCACCAUGGGAAAGAAGAGAGGCCGCAAGCCCAAAGAGCGCCCCCCUGAGGCCACCCCCGUCCAGACAAACACUUUUUUCAGCACCACCCAAAACUCAGCCCCCACCCUGAUCAUGGGCCAGACCCCGGUCCCGACAGAGACAGGAAACCCAGGGAGCCUGACGCUAAACACACAGCCCAACCAACCCACCACACGGAGGAGUAAGCCCAAGUUGGUGCCCCCUCCCUCCGAGUAGCUCUGCUUUCAACCCAAGAGCCAGAGAGGCUAUGUCUAUCUAUCCACAUUACGCCAGUAAGCUCAAGGAUAUUUUGGAUACCUCAAGGACUGGCGGACAGAGAACAAAACUAAAAACAACUGCACUCAGAUAUUUGUGUUUUAAAUAUACUGUAUACAGUUUGUCUCCUGGUAUAUGUUGAUAUGUGACAGUCAUUUUCUUUAGUUUCCUCCAUUUCAGUUAAACUAUUGACAACAGGGGCUCAUUGGUAUCCACGUUAUAGUCCUACUCUGUGUAAAAAUAUAUUUUUCUAAACAAAAGUAGUAUUUCAAAUGAAUGUUGGCAUUUUCCCUCUACAUGUCUUUAGUUUCAUGUUGUGUUUGAGAGAUUUUUCAAAUUAUAUUCUAUUAGGAUAGUGAGGUGAUACUAUAUCUAUCUAUAUACAGUAUAUAGUCAAAGCAAUGACGCCAUCCCUCUUUUUUUCAAGGCAGGAAGGUCAAAUUUGGUCCAAAGCGAUCACACUCCUUUUCAUUUUUGUUGUUUUACACUUUGGCGUCUUUGGUUUGUUUUAUUUUGUCAGCUGAAUGUCAAAGUAGUAGUUUUUUUUUAUCUACAGUGCAAUAUGCUAAUUCGUUUUUGUCUCUUUGUUUUCUUUGGCUUUUCUUUCAAAGUAGUGAAAGACCACAUACAUCAUACAUCCAAUCACUGUGUCCUAAUGCUCUGGCUAAGCUAUGUACUUAGUCUUUGUUUCAAUUACACUGAAAUUUAGGAAAUUAGCACCAUUUUCACAAAAUGAUAUGAGAUUUUAUCGAAUGUUGGUGACAGUAAUUAGACCUUGGGGCAUAUGAUUGGGGAUGUUAACACAAAAAUUGACACUAAAAUCUAUAUCUACACUCAAGCAAUGUAAACAGCAUAUCCACAAAGUUGGAAGAUGUGUAGAUUUAGUUUAAGAUUUCGCCAUUGGACCUCAUAGUCUGAAUUAAAUGUGGGAAUGUUGUAGUAAUUGGUUCCCAUUAAAAUGGGAAUUCUCAAGCUAGAAUUUUCCUAGGACUGUCUGGGAGUCGGGAGAGGAAGACUGAGAGGUUUGGAACUCUCUUUGUUCGUGGUGUAUUAACCAAUUUAGCCUUAAAAAAAAAAAAAAAAAAGUUUAAGUUACUUUAAUCUUUUAGGAAACGUAAAAAAUAAAAAGCUAAAAUGAAGGCUUAGAUGUUGUUAUGUAUAUGGACAUAUUCCCGGUCAUUAAAACACUUGUCUUGCACUUUAACCCCUUUCCUCUCUUCCCCCCAUUUUGUCUUUUUGCACAUGAAGAGCAGAGAUAAAAAACGUGACGCUCCGGGAAGAAGAUGCCCUUAGACACAGAUUUAUAAAUCAGCCUAAAUGUUUACCCUAAGAAUGAUGGGUAAAGACACAAAACUGGCCGUAGAUCAGCUUCUAAGGGGCAGCUUCACCCUACUCCAACCUAAACCUCCUAUAUGGAGGGUUGUAACCCAGGACUGUAAAAUGAAACUGUGGUGUCCAGAAACAAGAACAUCUGUGUCCCACUUUCCGACAGGAUUCAAUGAGUAGAUAACAGGCCACCUAACAAAGCUGAUCCUCAGAAAUGCUAGACAUUUUAGGCUGUUCUGCCAGUCAACUAUUUCAGCGUAAAAGGAAAUUAUGUUAAAAUGAAAUGUCUUUAAUUUAUGAAAAUGCUAAUGUGCAAUCAGCUCAUUUUAAUAUUUUAUCUAUAAUACAUACUUAAAGUAGAUACUUGAAUUCACAAAACAAUUGUAAUAAUUUGAUUUAAGUAAAAUGUCAUGAAAUGUUUAAUGUAUAUAUAUCAAUAGAGCAGAAUAGCUCUCUCAAAGCAGCAGACCUCUCUUAUAAUCACUUGUGUAUAUUAUCUAGUUAAUCUGAUGGCAGUUUGUGAAAAGGUUAAGUUGACAUGGUUACUCUGCUUGUUCAUCCAGAACAGUUUUUCCAGAAAUGCUAUUACUUUGUAAUAUAUAUUUCCUACAAAUACAGGUGCUAAACUCAUACUGUAAUGCAACAAAUCUUAACCAUUAUUUAAAAACAAUGUAAAUAUGACAUUUCCAUAAGUGUAAUGCUCCGGGUGUCGUGGGUGUGGAGUCAAACGCAGGAGACAGAGAGUGCAAGGCUGUGCUCUUUAAUGCCCCAACGCACCACAGGGUGCUCACAAUAAUAACGGCCCCAAAACACAAGGAAUGAGAAAGGUACAACUGAAAUACACGACUAGGAACAAACACCUUCCUCUACUACAGAGCCGAAGGUUACAAUCAUUAAUCCCGCACAACAAACAGGCGGGUCGGCUGUCUAAAGAAGCCCAACUAAUCAUCACAAACAGGUGCUACCAAUAAACAUACAAGGAGUGGGAGGAAAGACAAUCAGUGGCAGCUAAUAGGCCGGUGACGACGACCGCCGAGCGGGAAGGGAAGCCACCCUCGGUCGGACUCGUGACUAUAAGUAUUCAGACACUUUACUCAUUACAUUGUUGAAGCAUCUUUGGCCGCGAUUACAGCCUCAAUGCUUCUUGGGUAUGACGCUACAAGCUUGGCACACCUAUAUUUGGGGAGUUUCUCCCAUUCUUCUCUCCAGAUCCUCUCAAGCUCUGUCAGAUUGGAUGGGGAGCGUCACUGCAAAGCUAUUUUCAGGUCUCUCCAGUGAUCUUCGAUCCGAUUCAAGCCAAGGCUCUGGCUGGGCCGCUCAAGGAGAGACAUUCAUAGACUGGUCCCGAAGCCACUAUUGCAUUGGCUUUGCUGUGUGCUUAGGGUCAUUGUCCUGUUGGAAAGAGAAUCUUCGCUCCAGUCUGAGUUCCUGAGUGCUCUGGAGCAGGUUUUCAUCAAGGAUCUCUCUGUACUUUGCUCCGUUCAUCUUUCCCUCAAUCCUAACUAGUCUCCCAGUCCCUGCUGCUGAAAAACAUUCCCACAGCAUGAUGCUGCCACCACAAUGCUUCACUCUAAGGAUGGUGUCAGGUUUCUCUAGAUGUGACGCUUGGCAUUCAGGCCAAAGAGUUCAAUCUUGGUUUCAACAGACCAGACAAUCUUGAUUCUCAUGGUCUGGACAGUCCUUCACAUGCCCUUUGGCAGACUCCAAGCGGGCUGUCAUGUGCCUUUUUCUGAGGAGUGGCUUCCGUUGGGCCACUCUACUAUAAAGGCCUGAUUGGUGGAGUGCUGCAGAGAUGGGAGAACUUUCCAGAAGGACAACCAUCUCCACAGAGGAAUUCUAGAGCUCUGUCAGAGUGACCAUCGGGUUCUUGGUCACCUCCCUGACCAAGGCCCUUCUCGCCCUAUUGCUCAAUUUGGCCGGGCGGCCAGCUCUAGGAAGAGUCUUGGUGAUUCCAAACUUCUUCCAUUUAAGAAUGAUGGAGGCCACUGUGUUCUUAGGGACCUUCAAUGCUUCAGACAUUUUUUGUACCUUCCCCAGAUCAAUGCCUCGAAACAAUCCUGUCUCGGAGCUCUAUGGACAAUUCCUUCAACGUCUUGGCUUGGUUUUUGCUCUGACAUGCACUGUCAAUCAAGUUGUAGAACCAUCCCAAGGAUGAUCAAUGGAGACAGGAUGCACCUGAGGAUGCACCUGAGCUCAAUUUCGAGUCUCAUAGCAAAGGGUCUGAAUACUUAUGUAAUUAAAGUACUUCUGUCGUUUCUAAAAAACCUGUUUUCACUUUGUGAUUAUUUUUACUGUUUUUACAUUGUAGAAUAAUAGUGAAGAUAUCAAAACUAUGAUAUAACAUUUGAAACCAUGUAAUAACCGAAAAAGUUUUAAACAAAUGAAAAUAUAUUUGAGAUUCUUCAAAGUUGACAGCUUUGCACACUCUUGGGAUUCUCUCAACCAGUUUCAUGAGGUAGUCACCUGCAAUGCAUUUCAAUUAACAGGUGUGCCUUGUUAAAAGUUAAUUUGUGGAAUGUCUUUCCUUCUUAAUGAGUUUGAGCCAAUCAGUUGUGUUGUGACAAGGUAGGGGUGGUAUACAGAAAAUAGCCCUAUCUGGUAAAAGACCAAGUCCAUAUUAUGGCAAAAACAGCUCAAAUUAGAAAAGAGAAAUGUCAGUACAUCAUUACUUUACUUUAAAACAUGAAGUUCAAUCAAAAUAGAACAUUUACUUUAAGACAUGAAGAUCAGUCAAUCCGGAAAAUGUUAAGAACUUUGAAAGUUUCUUCAAGUGCAGUCGCAAAAACCAUGAAGCGCUAUGAUGAAACUGGCUCAUGAGGACCGCCACAGGAAAGGAAGACCCAGAGUUCUCUGCUGCAGAGGAUAAGUUCAUUAGAGUUAACUGCACCUCAAAUUGCAGCACAAAUAAAUGCUUCAGAGUUCAAAUAACAGACACAUCUCAACAUCAACUGUUCAGAGGAGACUGCGUGAAUCAGGCCUUCAUGGUCAAAUUGCUGCAAAGAAUCCAUGACUAAAGGACACCAAUAAUAAGAAGAGAGUUGUUUGAGCCAAGAAACAGGAGCAAUGGACAAUAUGGACUGGCGGAAAUGUGUCCUUUGGUCUGAUGAUUCCAAAUCUGAGAUUUUUGGUUCCAACCGCCGUGUCUUUGAAAGACGCAGAGUAGGUGAACAGAUGACCUCUACAUGUGUGGUUCCCACCGUGAAGCAUGUAGGAGGAGUUGUGAUGUUGUGGAGGUGCUUUGCUGGUAACACUGUCUGAUUUAUUUAGAAUUUAAAGCACACUUAAUGCUUAACCAGCAUGGAUACCGCACCAUUCUGGAGCGAUAUGCCAUCCCAUCUGUUUUGCGCUUAGUGGGACUAUCAUUUGUUUUUCAACAGGACAGUGAUCCAAAACACACCUCCAGUCUGUGUUAGGGCUAUUUGACAAAGAAGGAGAGUGAUGGAGUGAGUGCUGCAUCAGAUGACCUCCACAAUCACCCGACCUCAACCCAGCUGAGAUGGUUUGGGAUAAGUUGGACCGCAGAGUGAAGCAAAAGCAGCCAACAAGUGCUCAGCAUAUGUGGGAACUCCUUCAAGACGGUUGAAAAAGCAUUCCUCUUGAAGCUGGUUGAGAGAAUACCAACAGUAUGCAAAGCUGUCAUCAGGGCAAAGGGUGGCUACUUUGAAGAUAUAAAAUAUUUAACACUGUUUUGGUUACUACAUGAUUCCGUAUGUGUUAUAUCAUAGUUUUGAUGUCCUCACUAAUUAUUCUCCAAUGUAGAAAAUAGUGAAAAUAAAGAAAAACCCUUCAGUGAGUACAGUUGGUGUGUCCACACUAUGGACUGGUACCAUAUAUUCAUACUUCACCCCAUCAGUCUUCCGAGAUGAUGUGGAGAACACAUAUAUCCUGUUUGAAAAUAUGUUUACACCAUAUUUUGUUGUAAUUUACUCAUUUAAUGGCACAUUUUUUCACCUACCCUAUCCCUUUGUUUGUUUGCUUACGAAAUAGUUAUUUUAUUUUUUCUCAGUGAUAACAAUAGUUAAAGUCCAUCAAAUGCCAUGGGAUGUUGAAAUACGUUGUUUUAACAAGUUUGAUAAUGCACAUUAAAUGUUGAUUUUCAGGACACAAUUAUUGAGAAUCCAUUUGUCUAGAUCUAAGGAUCAACAAGGAGGUGUAUCUGUGUUUGUUUCUCUAUUUAGUGCACUUACUACCCCUUGAAAUAGGAGUGUUGUCACCUGAGCUUUUUAGUAGUCUGGACUGUGUGUGGUGUGACUUUUAUACCUGGGGAGUCUAUAGGCUAAGAUGUCUUCCUUUUUUUCACAAAUUCUAUUUUCCCGCUUUAAUGUUUUAUCUUACAAACAUUUACAAUUUCAAUAAGCUUUAGAUAAAUCUUUGUUUUGGAAAUGUACCAUUAUAGACUGGAUACAAAACAUUUGGUGAUUGGUUAUGUUGAGGAGAAUACUUAGUUAUGUUCUAAAUGAGAAAAUGUGUUUCCUAUGUUGAAGUUGAUCUGAUCAGAAGCCUUAUCCUAUAACUAGGGUAUAAUUUUGCACGCCCAAUCUUUAAGUUUUUGAUUUGUUAAAAAAGUUUGAAAUAUCCAAUAAAUGUCG